GUUGACCUCGACGACCCAGCGGGCUUUGACUUCCGCCCCAACCUCAACCUCAACCUCGCUGCCUCGUCGUCGGCGGUGACCGGCCAAUAAAAAGGCGGUGUUUGCAGAGCGUUGACAAACCCGUCAACAACAACAAAUCAUCGAUCGAGUGCUAUUUGAAAUCUCAUUCGUUAGAUGGUCACAUCGUUACCUAGUUGACCGUCUAUUUGAUUUGACAUUGAUGAACUCGACCGAUGAUUUGGCCUUUCUUUUGGCUGUCAUGGUGAUUUGGACUCCUAAAUCGUAGUAGAAAACACAGCUUCAUUGCCCACAUGCGUGGCUGCCUCCCUUAAUUGGGUGAAGUACAGCUAUAUUAUCCAGGGAAUCUGUCUGCAGUCUGCACUGAUCCACCAGUGGUCGUAGAUCUCUCAGAUCUGUGAGAGCAAACAGAGCCUGGUCUUUUUCAUCAGGAGCGUUCUUGCCAUCACCUUGUCACAGAUGAAUUGUUGGUUCCAUCCGAUCCAGCAUUAGCCUUGAUUUGGAAGGCCAAGAAAAUGUUGUAGGUGUCAAGGGAAGGACAGAACAGUAGCUGCCCAUUUUGGGGUGCCUUCGCGCUCUGUUGGGUUGGGAAAAAGGAUUUGCUUGGGCUUGGAAUUAGUGAUUGAAGAUAUUCUUUGUUCUUCUACCUUCUGUUGCAGAUCUUGGGGUUGUUCAACUACUAGCUUUUGUGGUUCAGAUCUCUGGUCCUUGGGAGGAGAGGAAGGCCCCAGGAGUUGGUGCAGGUGAGAUUGCUACGGCUCUGUUUCCUUUGCGAUUCAACUAAAGUUUGGAUCUUGUUCUUUCUUUAAGGAUUUUUGGAGUGGUUUGGCAGAGUAUGUGGGAUUUUGUGGGUGGUGAACUCGUUGGAUGAUCAAUAAAUGCACAACAUUGCAUGCCUGAUGCAUCGGCUUGCUUUAUAGAUUAUUUAGGACAUUCGUUUGAGGAAUUACUCUGGGUUCUUCCUGGAUUAGGGUUUAGGGAAAUGCUGAUAGGGUAAAUAGAGGACCUUUCUGAAAGCUAUCAUUCCUACUUUGGGCCUUUUGUUGGUGGCAGUGUAGAGACUUGGUGAUGUUCAUAUGGCAGUGGAAGGAGUGCAUUUGGCUACGGGAGCACAUAGGUUGAUCAUCAAGGACUAUGCAAGGUGGUCGGUUGUGUGACUUGGUUUUGUAAUCUUCUCUCUGAUUUUUCUCGUUUCUCGGGUUCAUCUUCAAGAUGGCAUGUAUGAAGCUGGGAUCAAAACCUGAUGCCUUCCAGCAACAAGGGCAAGCCUGGUUCUGCACAACUGGGCUUCCAAGUGAUGUUACUGUUGAAGUUGGAGAAAUAUCAUUCCACCUCCACAAGUUUCCUCUAUUGUCAAAAAGUGGUCUUUUGGAAAAACUAAUGAAGGAGAAAUCUGAUGAAGAAGAGGAUACUCUAAUAAAGCUGCAUGAUGUUACCGGUGGUGCUCGAACAUUCGAACUUGUGGCUAAAUUCUGCUAUGGCAUAAAGUUAGAACUCACUUCCUCAAACGUCGUCUACCUGCGCUGUGCUUCUGAGCACCUUCAAAUGACAGAAGAGAUAGCAGAAGGUAACUUGAUUGCUCAGACAGAAAUCUUCUUCAAUCAAGUUGUCCUUCAUAGCUGGAAAGAUUCAAUUAAGGCACUCCAAACAUGCGAUGAUCUUCUCCCUCAUGCCGAAAACCUUCAGAUUAUCAAGAGAUGCGUUGAUUCUCUGGCUGUUAAGGCUUGUACAGAUCCGAAUCUAUUUGGCUGGCCAAUGAUGGAGCAUGGUGCCAUGCAAAGCCCUGGUGGCAGUGUAUUAUGGAAUGGAAUAAGCACCGGAGCCAGGCCUAGAAAUUGUAGUUCGGAUUGGUGGUAUGAAGACGUUUCUUCUUUAAGUUUUCCCUUGUAUAAGAGGUUGAUCUCUGUGAUGAAAUCUCGAGGUAUCAGACAAGAGAUCAUUGCAGGUUCUCUGAUCUUAUAUGCUAAACAGUAUCUGCCCGGACUGAAUAGGCGUCCGAGUCUGGCACAAGGAAAUUUGACAGCUGCACCUUCGGAACAAGAACAGAGGCAUCUUCUUGAAGAGAUCGAUAGCCUGUUGCCUCUUCAAAAGGGUGCAGCAUCAACUAAGAUUUUGAUUGGUCUUCUGCGGACGGCCAUUAUUCUGCAAGCUAGUCCAUCAUGCAUUUCAAAUUUGGAGAGAAGGGUAGGGAUGCAGCUAGACCAGGCAGACUUGGAAGAUCUACUUUUCCCAACUUUUGAGUUCUCCAUGGAGGCUCUCUACAAUGUUGAUCGUGUCCAACGGAUGCUUGAUCAUUUCAUAGCCACUGAUCAAGCUACCAGCACGGCUGGGACUUCCUCUCCUGGUUCUGUCAAUGAUGAGCAGCUGAUUGGUUCCCCAUCUUUGGUGCCAUUAACUGCUGUUGCCAAGCUAAUUGAUGGUUAUCUAGCAGAGGUUGCACCAGAUAUCAAUUUAAAAAUGCCGAAGUUCCAAAAGUUGGCUGCUGCUGUACCUGAUUAUGCCCGACCACUGGAUGAUGGUCUAUACCGUGCUCUUGACAUAUACCUGAAGGCACACCCUUGGCUCUCAGAAUCUGAGAGGGAGCAGCUCUGCCGGCUGAUGGAUUGCCAAAAGCUCUCACUAGAAGCUUGCACUCAUGCUGCACAGAAUGAGAGGCUCCCUCUAAGAGUAGUGGUUCAAGUCCUCUUCUUCGAGCAGCUUCAACUUAGGACAUCCGUUGCUGGAUGUUUGCUUGUCUCUGACAACCUUGAUGGCUCGCAACCACUUAGGAGUGGAAUUGCUUGUUCAGGUGAAGCUGGAGGGUGGAUGACUGCUGUUAGGGAGAACAAGGAUCUGAAGGUGGGCAUGGAUAAUAUGAGGCUGAGAGUGUCUGAGCUUGAAAAGGAGUGCACAAGUAUGAAGCAAGAAAUCAAGAAGCUAGGGCAGGGAAGGAGUGGUUGGAGCAGUGUUCCCAAGAAGUUUGGAUCUAAGAUCAAGUUGCAAUUAUGCAGUGCCCAGGAGGAUUCUGUAAGUGCUCAGCAGAAGACUAAAAGUGGGAAGAUUGACAAGUUGCAAGCCAUAAUCACGAAGCAGAAGCAUCAGUUAUCUGCAGAUGAUUGAGUUCUCUUUUUCGAUUGUGCCACAUUGUCGUAAUUCUAGUCUGUUUUCUGUUUCAGUAGGAACUGUUAAUUCAUGUACUUUCUUCUUGGACAGAAUCUGUAUCAAGCUUGACCUUUGUCACUUGUUAAAUGUGAAAAAUGGGAUUGUGGUGUUUGAUAUUUA